CGAAAGUAGAUUGUGUGGGCGGGCACUGUAUUUAUUUCAGGCUGCAGCAGCCAUAACAGUAUGUAGCAGUGAGUAACGUGUCUAUAUAUACACAUAUAGCAUGUAGUGAAAGCCUCUCUGAAGUCUGCUCUCUGCUCCGCAUCAAAGUAUAUUUUUAUUCAUGAAGACUGUUGACCUCGCCGCGCAUAUACUGUCAAUUACGCAAUCUACUCAAGCCUCGCAAUAUUAUUAUAUAGCAUAUGCCAAUAACCAACUUGGCUGAGCUGAGCAAUAAACAUAUAGGUGGGCUAAGGAAAAUAUGGUAACCAUCGUAUACUAUCUCCCAAAACUUGACCGAUUGAGGAAAAAAAUCACGAAUAUAUCGGUCACCCAGCUGGUACUUCACACCCACGUCUACUGCGUCUUUUUUAAUUGAGUAUAUGUAUUUGACAAGCAAAUAUUCUCGAGCAUAAUAAGGUACAUGAUCUAAGUUCGUGUGUGAUCAAAUUUCAAGAAUUCAACUUUGAUUUGUGUGCGUGUGUCGAACUUGCAGCCGAUCUCAAUUUUCUCGUGCCAUUCUUUUUUUUUCUUUUUUUUCGCGCGAGAGAGAUAAAAUCGCGUACGUGAGUGAAAUAGUGUAGGUGCGGGUGUCAUAUCGCCGACAUCGCCGUAUGUCUCGUGUAUACAUGCAUACACUUGUGUGCAGUAAUAAUAGUAGUGGUGGUGCUUAUAAAAAACAUCAGAGAAUCAAAGAGAGAGAGCGAAAAACGAUAAUGCCGCGCUACGUAGCCACAGUCCGCGGCUUAAUUUGACGACGCGCUAAUGAGGCGAAUGGACGCUUCAACAAAUUAGUAUACUUGCCUAAUUGAAAAUAAAUAGCCUCGCUCUACUUACAUACGCUUGAAGAAAAAAAAUAUACUAGCCUGCACUUCACACGGAUACAACAUUAAGGACGGAUAGGAUAUAUUAUACAUCUACACACCCACAACAUGGGCUGCGCCAAAAGUAAAACCAAACACGUGGCGAUUCCUUGGACACUGGCCUCGCACUCGAGACAAGAAUGGAUAGCAUGGAGGAAUUGUUUUUUGACUUAUAUGCACGAGCAUUACAUCCCGGUCUACAAGCAGGGUAACAAAUUUUUCGAGCUCAUCGGCAACGUCGGCUUGGAAAUCGCGAAGAACUUUUAUUACCACAACACAGCCAGUGAAACGGACAUCAAUACGUUGCUGUUCAAGUUCGAUGUCUACUUCAUUUUUGGCUGCAGAAAGAGACACGCCAACGAAUCCAUCGGCCAGUACGUCACAGCUUUGAAGGAUAUUGCUGAAAAAACGGCAAAAAGCAACAUCGAAAAAGUUUUGAAGGAGAAACUCUUGCAAGACUUGAAGUCGGAGAAGAUGUUUGAGGAGUUUUCAAAAAUCGUUCCGUCGUUCUCCAAUGUCACAGAUUACGAGACACUGGCCUUGCACGAACUUAUUUUCAUCUGGGAGGAGUGCGAGAGACCGCAAGAUAUCAAAGAGUGGGUGAUGAGUCUGGAGGCGCGAAAGAGGGACGCGUUCGAGCACAUCCGAGCGAAAAACCGUUGCCUCCACUGCGACAAGUUUCACAUCGGCGAAAAGUGCAAGGCGAUGGGUGAAAAAUGCUGGAAGUGCGGCAACUUCAAUCACUUUGCGAGGUGUUGCCUGAAGACGUACGUCAAAGAUUGCCCGUUCUGCGGUACGGAUCACGUGCAGACCAAGUGCCCGGCGUUUGCCAAGGACUGUCCCCGGUGCAAGAAAAUGAACCAUUUUUCUUGGCAAUGUUUUACCGAGAUGAUUCUAAUCUGUGAUUUUUGCGGCCAGGGCCACAUUAAUAAUCGACAACAUUGUCCUGCUGUCAACAGCACGUGUUGCAAUUGUCGCAAAAAGGGUCAUUACUCGUUUAAGUGUAGAUCGCGUAGAAAUAAAAAGUAACGACGAGCACUAAUAACGUUGGAGACGUUGGUGUUUUUUUUUUCUUUUUCAAAAAAAUUUUUAGAAAUUCCAUUUUGGAGGCUUUGUUCUAUCGUGCCGUUCAGAGUUUAUUGCACUUAUCGCUGUUAGAGCUUCAAAAACGAUAAGUGCAUUUACACACACACAAAAUAGUUCAGCGCUCUGGACAGUUCCAAUCUGUUAUCAGCUAAGAAUGGCACAGCCAAACUAUUACAACAAAAAAUUGAUGUACGUCGAAGACGAAAGCAUUUUGUAAAUUGAGUGGAACUCAAUUUUUUUUUUUUUUAAUAAUUUUAGCAUAUUUCAGCUACUAAUAUGAAUUUAACUAAUCGGGCCAAAUCGACUAAUGCUCGUGAUAAUUAAAAAAACUGAAGUGCGAACUAGGAGAAAAAGAUUUCAUUUUGUACACGAGGUUUACGUUUGUAAUUUUUACUGCUUCAUCGGCUGACGAAAAAAAAAAAUCAAAAAACUAUUAAAAUUUUCACAUUUCAAUUAUAAACGUGAUCUCUGGUUCCUUUCAAAAAAUACAAAAAACAAGGACACUCGAACGAAGGGCAACCUUAGAGUGCAUACAUGCAAUUUAUAUAACGUGAUACUCUAUAAUGUUUAAUACCUAAUGCUAUAAAAGACUUUGAAAUUUAUACGAUAUAGUAUAAAUAUAAGCGUUUGUAUUAUUAGACAUACCGAAAAUCACUGCUGACCACUCAAAAAAUCGUGAAGCAAGAAAAAGUAUUACGUUGUGUUUAGUUGAAUUUAUUAAAAUUGUUGUUUUGGAAAUUG